GUAAAUUCACCCCCAGUUUCGGCCGAAUCCGCUAGAAUCGCGAGACUUGAGCAACUCGUGGAAAACUUGAAUCGACGUUUGCUAAACCGCAAUUUUGAGCACACAUCAGGACAAUACCACUAAGUGGUUGCAUAAAAUUGACCAGUUGGCUCUCGUGAACGGUUGGGACGAACGUACAACGAUUUACGGCAUGAUAAGUCAACUCAAGGGGUUGGCCAAGGAGUGGUACGACAAUCUCGAUCCCUCAGCAUACGACCGGAGCUGGGAUGAAUGGAAACGUUUGUUACAAGCCACCUUCCCCGAUCACCACGAUUAUGCUUCCACACUUCGUAAGCUAGUGAAUAGGGUGAAGGAAGAUGGUGAAACCUGGGCACAAUAUUAUUUUGGGAAAUUAAAUCUGUUGCAGGCUUGUGACAUAACAGGAACGAAUGCAGUCUCCUGUCUUAUUGAUGGAAUGACUGACGUGACUCUCAGAAAUGGGGCUAGAGCAGGGCGUUACGUUACACCCGAAAGCUUGUACGCUGAGUAUUUGUCGACUCUGAGAUCCGAAGGUGACAAGCGGGAUACGCUCGCAAAGCAGGCGCCUCGGGAAAGGAGGAGGUUCCUUCCAAGUCGAGUCGAAGCACAAAAACUGUAUUCGUCAGUUCGGUGUUACAAUUGUCGUAAUCGAGGACAUGUUGCGACAAAGUGCCCGAAACCAAGAAUUGAGUGCAAGAAAUGUGGUCGCAUUGGACAUGUGGAUGCUGAGUGCCGACGUGGUAACUUAGUAAAAGAAAACAUGUCUAAGCAGGCACUAACGACAAGUGUAGCUGACGCAAGUAAUAAUAAGAAUUAUUACAUAGACAUUAAGGUCAAUGGUAAGCCGACGCGAGCUUACAUUGACUCAGGAGCUGAACCGGUCCUUGUCAAGCAAAGUGUUGCUAGAGAAUUGGGACUGAUGUGGCAGCCAAGUUUACAUUUGAUUCGUGGUUAUGGCCAGGGAAUCACCAAAGUGCAUGGGGAAGUCGAAGUAGAGCUAGAAGUGGAUCUUGUCAAGGCAAACGUAAAAGCUUUGAUCGUCGAAGACAGUGCACAACGUGUGCCUGUCAUAGUGGGACAGACCUUCCUGAAUGCGGGUGCUAAUACGAUUAUAGCAAAUGAGGAAGCUGUGAGAGUAGUUGACGGAAACAACGAAUCGAUCCAAGCAUUUCUAGGCCAACUUCCGACACGAAAAGUUGCACUUUGGGCGGAAGAGGAAACAGUGAUCCCUCCUCAAUCCAUUGGUUGCAUACGAAUCAAGGCAAAAGACGAUGGGUGGAAAGGAGCUUAUUACGUUGAAGGGUGUCAACGUCCGAGACCAGGGUUCGAACACGUUGUUCAUCGGUGUGUCACAUGUGAUGGAGGCCUAGUGACCGUUCGCAAUCUAUCGCACCAAGAUCUGGUAUAUCGAAAGGCGCAAAUCGUUGCGAGAGCUGAGCCUUGCGAGCAGGAAAGGACAGCUACGACGGUGAGUGUGUUUUCUGUGGGGAAGGUUGAGGUAAAGAGUUUUCAACGGUGGGAACUUCUUACACAAGUCAAUAAGAAUCUAGACCCGGCUCAGUUCGAGCAAUUGUUACAACUCGUUAACGAAUUUCGAGAUUGUUUUGCACGAAAUGUAGCGGAAAUAGUUUAUCGUCCUUAUCGGUUAUCGCAUCACGAAAGAAGAAUUGUUCGAGAUAUAGUAAAUGACUUGUUAGGUAGCGGAGUCAUACGAGAAUCAGACUCGCCAUAUUCGAGUCCCAUACUGUUGGUGCGGAAGAAAGAUGGGCAACACCGUAUGUGUGUUGACUAUCGGUAAUUAAA